AUGAGCAUUUUGUUUUCCAGGACACGUUUUAAAAGUCGCCAGUCUCACUUCCACAGCGACUUGAACUGCCCGGUGUGUCUUCAGACGGCCACUUCACCCGUGGAGACCAACUGUGGACACUUGUAUUGCGGUUCCUGUCUUAUUGAAUACUGGAAACACGACCCAUGGAUGGGAGCCAUCAGUUGUCCCCUCUGCAGGCAAAAGGUCCGUUACCUCUGCAACAUAUGCGAUGUCCAACAAGAUAAGAUGAACAGAGCGAUGCAAAAAGAUAUCAGACAUUACAAUAAUCGCUUCUCUGGGCGACCUCAACCUAUCACAGAUUACUUGUACGACCUUCCAUUACUAUUGAACCUUGCCUUGAGAAGGGUCUUCACCAUGGGUGGACUUGUGAUGAUCUUCUGUCUGAGACUGGUGGUCUGCUCCUUUGGGGCCAUCACAUUCUUGUCUUCACCAUUCACCAUUGUCCCUGACCCCCUGUGUGGAAUCCUCAGCACCAUCGAUGAUCUUGUAGUGGUUUUUCUUCUUCUUAUCUGCAUGAUAAACAUCAGCCUGCAGUUCCGGUCGGAAGGAAUGACCAUAGUCCAGACAGCCACACAGAGCAUCUUGUCCGAGUCUUGA